ACAGCCCCGCACAGCCCCGCACAGCCCCGCACCGACCCGCUGCCAUGGCCCCUGACUCGCCCGCCGCCGCGCCGCGCCUGCUGCCAGCGCUCCUGGGUUUGCAUGCCUUGGCCAUCGCCUUCGCCUUGGAGGUGUCGGUGGGGAAGACCAACACUGUGAUGGCCCUCAAUAACUCUGAUGUCCUGCUGCCCUGCACCUUCACCACCUGCAUAGGCUUUCAGGACCUGAUCUUCACGUGGUAUUUCAACUCGACAGAGAUGAUCUUCUCUGGCAAGAUAAAGAGCAAAACCUCGGAGCCCAUCCUCACGAAAAUAAACCCGCGGGUCGAUUUUUUUGGCUCGACAAUCGGGAAGGACAACAACAUCUCCAUCAUCCUGAGGAACGUGGAGUUCAGCGAUGCUGGGAAAUACACCUGCCACGUCAAGAACCCCAAGGAGAAGAACGCACAGCACAAUGCCACCAUCUUCCUCACAGUGGUCCACAAGAUGGUGGAGACAGACAACACUGUGACGUUCAUCAUCGUGGGCGUUGUGGGGGGGCUCAUCGGCCUCCUCAUCCUCUUCAUGCUCAUCAAGAGGGUUGUCCUGUUCAUCAUCAAGAAGACCCAGGAUGGGAAGAAGGAGUGUCUCGUGAGCUCGUCAGGCAAUGACAACACCGAGAAUGGCUUGGCUGGCUCCAAGGCAGAACAAAAAGCUCCACCAAAGGCAUGAAGCAGCAUCUCCCUGGCCCGCCCGGCAGCGGGAGGGUGGGCAGGGGGACCAGCCUUUCCCUCUUGUUUUCUUUCCAAACUGCCAACGCUUGAGACCUGUUUCUAUUUACCCACGUGCCUGCAACCUUGCACUGCUUCUCAGAAAAGAC